GCGUUUUCAUGCGGAUGGUCGGCUCGUAGGUGACCCAGAGCCCAUACGCCUGGGCGCGUCAAUUGGUGGCGUGGGACUAGGUUUGCAUCUCCAGCUGGGAGAUGCAGUUAGAAUCUGGUGUAGGAUGCUGCGAGAGGCCGCCCCUUGCCCACUAUUGUUGACUGCAUCAACUGGAUACCAAGAUUCCAGCAGUUAACAAGCAUCAUGGAAAGAAAAUGUAAUGAAGCUGAAAUGUUAAUGGGUGCCGACGAUGCGAUAGUUACUGAGGACCAAUUCUCUGAAGUUAUGGAUGCUCAUGAUGCCAUCGCAGUUAAUGAGGAAGAGGUUACGCUGGCGGGCAGCGAGCCUGAACAGACUGCCACUGAAUAUGUCGAAGAAGAAGCCAGGGAUAGUGGCACUGAAGACCUAAGAAUGAUGGCCUUUGUGAAGUUUGUUCAGCAACCGGAUGGAUCAUUGGCGCCGGUCUGUCUGGUCCAGGCGGAAGACAUCAGCGACAAGGGCAAUAUCGUCAUGGACCCGAUGCUGGUGGAGACUGCCGAGCACUUCAGCCGGUCGGCGAUAGAGGGCGGUCAGAUCGUGAUGCUGGGCGAGGAGCGGACGGCCGCGAGAGACGGCGACGCCGGCCCGGCGCACGGGGCCAUGGCCAGCCCGGGUGCGGCCGCUGCCGGGCCGGCGCGCUCAAGGCCGUACAAGAGGAGGCAGGUGGACAUGAGCAAGCCGGUGCCGUGCGAGCUCUGUGGCUCGCGCUACAAGACCCAGGCCAGCCUGCGCACCCACCAGAGGAUCUACCACCAGGACAGCGCCACAGUGAAGACUCGCGACGGGUUGAGAUGCGGGGAGGAGGGGUGCGACUUCACCGCCUCCCACAGCAAGACGCUGCGUAACCACCUCACACAGAAACAUCAGAUCAAGAUGGAUAUUGUCAAGCUCAUCUUUCGAGACUGGGAGGAGUUCGGCGCGUGGCGGCGCGAUUUCGAAGCGGAGACGGGCUCACGGUACCGACGCUACCAGCGCCAGCUGUCGGACGGUCAGCUGGUCAGCCUCCACCUGGUGUGCCCGGGUGGAAGCCCGACCGUAUACCAGCGGCGCGCCGGCUGGCGGCGACGCGCGCGCCACGGUCGCCUGGGCCGGCCGCCGGGCGGCGCCACGGCGGGGGCGGCCACGCGCGUCUCGUGCACCUCGUUCAUCAGGGCAGCGCGCACCGACGCCGCCAGUGCCGUGGCCGUGACCGUCAAUACCACCCACUACGGGCACACUCUGCACGAGCCGGCCGGCACCGGCCGUCUCAAGGAGCCCAUGCCGGAGGCGAACCGACUCUUCCUCGAGGAGAAGCUGCGGGCGGGCUGGACUCUGGACCGUAUUCUGCACGAGGCUCGGCUAAGCGUACUGGCCGAGCCGGUGCCCAGCAACCCCAUGUUUCGGCUGCAGCGGGAGCACGUCUACAAGGUAGCCCGCCGACUGGGCAUCGCCACCGAACAGUUCCGCGUCGCCCGCGAGCCGGCCGUCGAGGAAUUUGCCGCCCUGCGCUACCUGGCCGACCAGAUGACCGCCGCCGGCGAGGUGCACGUGCUGUUCCAUAAGGAGCCGGGCGAGCUGAUGGACGGCGUGCACGAGUCGGACUUUGUGUUCGCCUUCAGCACCCCCAACCAGGUGGAGCUGCUGCACGCGCACGGCACCGGCGUGCUCAUGAUGGACGCCACGGACGCGCCGCGAGGCCGGCCUUACCGUCUCACGUCCGUGUGCGCAUUCGACGGCGACGGCGACCAGCCACAGCCGGUGGCGUGGAUGCUGAGCAGCGCCAGCGCCAAGGAGCUGGCGCUGGACCUUGUGCACGGACUGCGUGACCUGUCGCUGCGCGUGCGCGGCGAGGACGUGCCCGUGCCGCGUUACUUCGUGGCCGAGAAGCACUCGAGCUUUCACCAGAUGUGGGUGGAGGCGACCGGACAGCGGCCGCUGCGGCUGCUGGACCAGGCGCGCGUGCGCGCCGCGCUCAGCACUAUUCUCAUCAAGCACGUGGAGGACGCGGCCGAGCGUCAGGAGGUGUGGCGCACCGUCUCGCAGCUGAUCGCCGCGACGGGCCAGGAGGAGCAGGAGGGCGAGCCGCCGCCGCCGCGCGACCAGGUGGCCGCCCGCCGGCUCGUCUACCGCAACGCCGCCAGCCUCGGCCGCCAGCUUCGCGCCCGGCCGUCCACCAAACGCUUCGGCGCCUACCUCGAGGAGAAAUGGCUGAAGCGGGGUCUGAUCGAGGAGUGGCAGACGCUGUUCCGGCAGGGCGUGCGCGUGCCCUCGCGCUGUCCUGCUCAGGUGUUCCACGAGGCGGUGGCCGCCGAGUUCCUCACGGGACCGGAGCGCAGGGUCGACAAGGCCGUCGCCAAGCUGGUCGAGUUCUCCAAAAAGUGGCACGAGCCGCCGCCGGAGAAGAACGCCAUGGCGCCCAACACGAUGGUCAAAUUUUUCCCGCAGUCGGCUGAGCUCUGGCGGUCGAGCGACGGCGGUGCUGGCCGGCCGAGCGAGCCGGACGUCUGCGGCUCUCCCAGUCAGCUGCGGCGAGAGCUGCGCCUCCGGCUGGAGGGCCUCGUCAACUGCCUGGACGCCGGGCUAGGCGCCGGCGCGCUGCGGGCCUGGCGCCGCUGCGUCGCCGAUAUGGAGGAGGCCGCCUCGCUCCGCUGAGGCGGUGGCGCCGGGCGGGGUUGGGAUCCGCGCCCCGCCCCUGGCCAGUAGAAGCGUGCUGGGUGCUCGCCGCGAAGAACCAGCUGGUUGUUAUUUCUUUGCUUUUGACGUGAGAGCAAUGGCGGUCUCAGCUCCAACAUAAUCGGAGCCCUUCUGGUAAUCGGGGUACUGUUGUGGGGGUUGACGGGCGAGUCCAGGGGAGGGAGGCGCCGCCCAGUCCCAGCGCGGCGGGUGCUGAGCUUCGCCGGCUGCGCGGCGAGCUGAACACCGCCUGACUACUCGCGAGGGUCCCGUCGGCGCUGUGCACCGCCAGAACCUCUCUGCCAGAGGGGAGCUCUCCCCGACCAUGGAGCGAGGCGUGCACAGCCACGUACGUCACGACGCGUGAUGCGACGGCGGCUGGCUGAGGCAGCUGAGGCCGCUGAGGUGCCGGUCUGGCACCGCGUCCCGUCCGGCUAGGGCCGGGCGGGCGGGGUGCAGGGACGGCUGCUGGCCGCCGACUGUGCCGGCAGCAUGUGCGCUGAGCUGGUGUGACGAGGAUGGCGGGAGAGGCAGCUCGUGCGGGGUGGGCAGAGUACAUCAGGCCUCUACGUGAGGCAGGGUGUUAAUUCUGAACAGAGAGGUGUGCUUAUGUGGCUGCCACUCAGAGUUAGCUUGUGCGUGAGGUCGCUCGAAGCCUCCGGAUUUAGUCGGUGAUGCCAUUGGCUGUGAUUGCAUUAGUGUACAGACCACUCCAUUGUGCUUUACGAUCAUGCCGAGGAGUGUGACUCCUCAAAACUCCGAAAAUAUACGCGUACAUAGGUGACCGGUAGCAUAGGCGGAGAAGCGUCUCAGAAAGUUGGGGUACUAACACCAAUUUGGAAGCAGAUUCCUUCGUUGCGUUCCUAUAGGGUCUCAGUAUUUUGGGAAACAGUGUCACGACAUCCCCGGAUUCCCUGGUCUUAUGCGUAUCACUGGUUAUAUAUGCAUUUAGCUUUAAUUAUAUAAUUUCACGUGACAGGCGUCAAGAACAAAGGGCACGGUCGUCUGGUCGUAGAAUGAAAUCUUACGUUGUACUUGUCACGUCAGGAAUUGCGCGCAACUCAUGUAUACAUAAACUGUGCAUAAACUGCACACAUUCAUGCAUACAUAAGCUGUGUAUAAAUUGUUCAGAGUUUACGGACUGGAACGUGUGUUCAGUCUCAGUGUAGUGUUCAGUGCUUAUCGCAGCUGCCGGGGUUUGACGGUAAAUGGCUACCGUCUGGGGAGGGUAAGGUGGCCCUCGCCGAGUUAAAACAUAACUUCUGAGCAAUGCGAAGGUCUGAGUUGUCACUUUCAUAAGUUAUUAGCAUGACACAUUCUGAACCAAAACAGCUCGGUGUUAGGAUAGGGGGCCGUAAUAUGUCAGUAAAGAGGGCAUUGCGACUUUCGCCACCAUGUGCAGUUAAUGAGUUCCCUUUUCUUUCUCAUUGUUUCACUAUAAUUCAUCAAGUGGCUUGUCUUUUGUUUGGUUUUGAAUGGUGUGUCAAAUAGACUCGUAGAAGAU